AUGGGAGGAAUUGGCAAGACAACUCUUGCCCAACUUGCCUAUAAUGAUGAAAAGGUUCAAGCCCAUUUCGACAAUAAAAUAUGGGUCUGUGUGUCAGAUCCUUUUGAUGAGAUCAAAAUUUCCAAAGCCAUCAUUGAUGGUCUGAAAAAAGGGAAUUCCCCAGCUUCAAAUGAGUUGCAAAUUCUCGUGCAAUUUAUACAUGAGUCCGUUAAGGGCAAGAAGGUUUUUCUUGUCCUAGAUGAUGUGUGGAACCAAGACUAUAGAAAGUGGGAACAAUUAAAGCUACCUUUACAAAACGGGGCUGUGGGUAGUAGAAUAUUGGUGACCACACGAAAAGAGGAAGUUGCGAGGAUGGUGGGAGCAUCCACUGAUAUGAUCAAUUUGAAGGUGUUGAGGGAAGAAAAUUGUUGGGUAUUGUUCUAUCACAUUGCACUGGCUGAUAGAGAAAAAAAUGAGUCUAAAGGGUUAGAAUUUAUUGGUAAAGAGAUUGUAAAAAAGUGUAAGGGUCUGCCUCUUGCUGCUAAGGCAUUGGGUGGUCUCAUGCACUACAAGGAAACGAGGAAACAAUGGGAAGAUGUUUUGAAUAGUAAGAUAUGGAAUGUAGACGAGAUUGAGGAACAAGUUUUCCAACCUGUAUUAUUAAGUCAUUAUGAUUUGGCCCCGGCAAUCAAACGUUGUCCUUUGUAUUGUGUUAUUUUCCCAAAAGAUUAUAACAUUGUCAAAGAUGAGUUGAUUGAGUUGUGGAUGUCACAAAAUUAUCUUAAUUCAAUCAGAAACAAAGAAAAAGAAGAGGUAGGCGAAAUGUACUUUGAUAACUUAGUAAUGCGCUCUUUCUUUCAAGAAUUUGAGAAAGAUGAUCUUGGAAAUAUAACGGGGUGCAAGAUGCAUGAUGUUGUGCAUGACUUUCUACAAUUUCUAACUGAGAAUGAAUGCUUUGUUUUGGUAAUACUAAUAAGACAAUAA